AUGUCCGAUCAAGAACAACCUCCCACCCCUACUCCCGACUCAACAAACACAACCCCAAACAAACCAAAACGUGCCCCUCCCAAGCUAGGCAAGAAAUCUCCCGCCAAGCAAGAACAAACCCCUCCAUCCUCGGAACAAGACCAGGACAAACAACCCGAAGAACCCGUCAAACAACAAGAACCAGACUCAGAACCUGAGCCAGAGCCAGAACAACAAGAAGAGGAAGAAGAAGCCGAGCCCGAACCCGAACCAGAACCCCAACCCAAGCCCGAACGUCGUCGUCGCAGACCCUCGUCCCCGCCCCCAAGAAUCAGAUACUGA